GGCGGGAGCAACGGCGUGACCUGCGUCGUCUUCACGCCCGGCGGCGACCGCGUCGUCACGGGCUGCGAGGACCGCGUCGCGCGGAUCUGGAGCCUGGAGACGGGCGUCGUCGCGUUGGCGCUGCGGGGGCACACGGACACGGUGAACGCGCUGGCCGCCGACGCGGACAACAUGGUCUGGUCCGCGUCGCGCGACACGAGCGUCCGCGCGUGGGACCUGCGGUGCGGCCGGGGCAAGUUCCACCUCACGCAGCACUUUGGGGGCGUGACGUGCCUGGCCUACGACGCUUCUUUAGACGGCGACCGCGGCGGCCUGCUGAGCGGCGCGCGGGACACGACGGUGCACGUCUGGGCGAAGGCGUCGGGCGCGUGCAUGCGCGCGCUCCGGUCGCAGCGGGGCUUCGUGCAGGCGCUGGCCGUCGUGCCGAAGCGGCGCGCGGGGGCGUCGUCCUUGGUCGCCUGCGGCGGGACGAACGGCAAGCUGCGGCUCUGGGACCACCACAAGGGGAAAUGUGUGAAGGCCAUCGACGCGCACGCGACGUCCGUCACGUGCUGCCAGUUCGCGACGACGCAGCACGGCGCGCCCAACGGGUUCCUCGUGUCCGGCGGCGGCGACGGCUGCGUCAAGGUCUGGGACGCGCGG